ACAGAAAGCACACGUAAUCGCAAUGUUUGACGAUCUGGUGGAUUUUUUAAACAAACCCCCUCCCGAUCCUGUGCGUCUGCCGCUCCUGAGCAGCCACAAACCCGUCCUGAUGAUUUUGGGCACUUACCUGAUUUUCGUGAAGGUGGUGGGUCCAAAGGUAAUGGCGAAUCGAAAGGCCUUCGAUCUGAGGGGCCUGAUAAAGGUCUACAACAUCAUGCAGAUCCUGUACAAUGUCGUCAUGUUUGUUUUCGCGGUCCACUUUAUGUUCGGUCCCGGCGACUAUAACUUUGGUUGUAUUAGCAACCUGCCCCCGGAUCACGACUACAAGACCUGGGAACGCUGGCUCACCUACUCGUACUUCUUCAACAAGCUCCUGGAUCUCCUGGAGACGGUCUUCUUCGUGCUGCGCAAGAAGGAUCGCCAGAUAUCCUUCCUGCACGUCUUCCACCACAUGUACAUGCUGUACUUCAGCUUCAUGUAUCUGUACUACUAUGGAUAUGGUGGCCACGGCUUCUUUAUGUGCUUCUUCAACGUUAUCGUACACAUUAUGAUGUACUCCUACUACUACCAGUCCUCCCUUAGCCCGAAUUCGCAGAGCGAUCUGUGGUGGAAGAAGUACAUCACUAUUGUCCAGCUGGUCCAGUUCUUUAUCAUUGUGGGGCACAGCAUCUACACUCUGAGACAACCGGACUGCCCCUCAGCCCGCUUUUCAGCCAUCUGUGCGGGAAGCAUUUCGGUGGUCUUUAUCAUUCUAUUUAGCAAUUUCUACUACCACGCCUAUAUCAGCCCCAAAAAGCCCGCAAAAAAGAUGACUUAAGUGAAGUCCAGUCAGUGACUUGUUAGAGUAAAGCAUUUGGAUCUCCAUAGAGAUUAAAGAUUUAAUUUAAGAUUUUUAUAAAGAAAAUGCUAAAUAAAAUCAGCA